AUGGCAGACCAGCAGAUUCGUCGGGAAGGCUCCGACACAUCCCUCAAUGCCUCUGCCAAUUCCAACAAUGGCUCUAAUAUCGCUUCUCCUCGAUCCAGCACUGACUCCCGUUCCUCCAACCGCAAUUCCCUUCGUGUGACGCACAUGCCUCCUGCAAAUCAUCAACACCGUCAGAGCUUGAGUGAGACUUUACGGGGUCCGCCAGGUUCUCCUCGUACCCGCCGCCAGCCAUCUCUCAACCAGUCCGCCCUUCAGAGUCUUAUCGAUAACCCCCCACCACCAAAGACUGUCGACCCGGCCUUUGUUGACCGCGACUGGCGAGAAAUCUCCAUUGAGGAGCUUAUCAGCCCAGAUGACUUGCGAUUCGUUGAGAUGGAUACGGGCAUUGAAGAGGCUACAAAUCUGUUGAUUGACUCUGGCGCUGCGGUGCUGUUGAUCCGGGAAACUCCAGAAGACAAAUCUGCGGUCGCUACCUUUGACUACUCGGACCUGAACACAUAUCUACUGCUGGCUGCCGGAUUGUCAUUUCCACCCGAGGAGCACCGCGCAUCGUAUGAUGAGAUUGCCAAGAAAGCUCGUGAAGGUGAGAAGAUCCCGAUAAGGGAUGUGAAACGCCUAGGUGUGGAGAAGGAGCCACUCGUCACAUUGCCGGCAUCAGCGAAUGUGAUGGCGGCUGUAGAGACAUUUGGUGGUGGUGUCCACCGUGUGGUGAUUACCAAAGAGUCCAACGACAACGAAGUGGUUGGCAUUUUCAGCCAGUUCAGACUGGUAAAGUUUCUCUGGGAGAAUGGACGCAGCUUCCCUAUUAUUGAGCAGCUUUACCCCCAGGCUCUGCGUGAUUUGCGCAUUGGCUCGCAGAACGUUAUCUCUAUCAAUGGCGACAAGCCUCUCAGUGAGGCCCUUCAGGUCAUGGACAGCGAGGGAGUCUCCUCUCUUGUCGUGGUGGAUAAUCAUUUCAAUGUCAUCGGCAAUAUUUCUACCACAGACGUCAAGCUCUUGACUCGUUCUUCUUCGUUGCCGCUUCUUCAAAACACAUGCAUCCAUUUCAUCUCAGUCAUCUUGUCUACUCGUGGAUUGAUGGAAGGCAAAGACUCUUUCCCCGUAUUCCAUGUGAAUCCGGGUUCUACUCUGGCCCAUACAGUUGCGAAGAUUGUUGCAACUCGAUCACAUCGUCUUUGGGUGACCGAGCCGGCAUCCCCGUCUUCAUCAGGACCUCCAACACCUUCUCAUUCCGCACUCCAUAUGCCUCUUCCAACGCCGCCACUGGGAGCUGGCCCAGGUUCUUUCCCUGUUAUCUCCCCUCCAGCUUCGCCUCUGCCUCAAUCGGCAGUAGCCCCGCCACCUCACUAUCCUCCUCAUCACCCAGCGCCGCCGCCUUCCCAGUCUCCCACAGCCACUCCACCCCUGGCUGCGUCAAUUCCAGCAUCUUCACUGCCAGGUGCACGACUAUCAGGACGAUUAGUUGGUGUAGUCAGUCUUACUGAUAUUCUCAAUCUACACGCUCGUGCCAGUGGCCUGAGCCCCGCGGACCCAGAUGAGUCCCGACGCCGACGACGUAGCAGCUCAACAUCAAGCAUGAACGUGCGCCCAAAUGUUGAAAUUGGCCGUGAGCUUUUCAGCCGUGGUGGAGUCUAA